AUGGGCGCGGACGCCGAGGACGACGACCACGUCCCCGUGGUCAGCACGGAGCUCUACGACGCGGACUUCGACGCGUUCGUCAAGGCGCGCAACGCGCGCGCCCUCGGCGCGGCGUACGAGAAGUACGGCUUCGUCAUCCUCCAGAACCACGGCGUCCCCGACGAGCUCAUCUCCCGGUCGCUCGAGUGCAGCAAGCGCUUCUUUGCGCUGUCGUCGGAGGAAAAGAUGCGGUACCACCUCCCCGGCUUGGGCGGCGCGCGCGGGUACACCGCGUUCGGCGUCGAGACCGCGAAAGGCAGCGCGCAUCACGACCUCAAAGAGUUCUGGCACCUCGGCAGGGACCUCCCGGUCGGUCACCCCCUCGAGAGAUACAUGCCCCCGAACGUCCGCGUCCGCGAGGGCGACUUCACGUCCGCGACGACGGAGGUGUACCGCGCGUUGGAUGCGCUCGGCGGCCGCGUCCUCGAGGCGCUCGCGGUGCACCUGGGGCAAACGAGAGACUACUUCGCGGACAAGGUGAACGAGGGGAACAGCAUUCUGAGGGUGAUUCACUACCCCGCGCUGGUCAAGGAGGGGCAGGACGUGAACGAGGCGCUGUCGAAGGCUGGGCACGUGAGGGCGGCGGCGCACGAGGACAUCAACCUCAUCACGUUGCUCUUGGGCGCGGACGAGGGGGGGUUGGAGCUGCUGCGGAGGGACGGGAAGUGGAUGGAGGUGAACCCGCCGCCCGGGUGCGUGACGUGUAACAUCGGGGACAUGCUGCAGAGGCUGUCGAACCACCGUUUGCCGUCGACGACGCACCGGGUCGUGAACCCGAAGCCCGAGCGCACGGCGUUUCCGCGGUACUCGAUGCCGUUUUUUCUGCACCCGAACCCGGACUUCGUGAUCGACACGCUGUCGACGUGCGUCAGCGAGGAGCACCCGAACCGGUACCCGGAGCCGAUCACCUCGGACGAGUACCUGCAGCAGCGUCUCCGGGAGAUCAAGCUGAAGUGA